AUGGCUCCUCUUGACGAAGUCACUUCAGCCAUGACGUCCCUUGCCUUGGCCAACCCUUCCACCCUCAUGAGUCUCCCGAUCGAGCUCCGAUGCAAGAUCUACCUGCGAGUUUUCGACAACGACGGAAAGAAGCGACUGUUGUGGCUGAACAAACUCACCUACAAAUGGAAAAGCUCCAAGUUUCUUGCUUGGUCGAUGACUUUGCCUCUGCUCAUGCCGAAGCUGAGCCAAACUGUUGUUACAAAUAUCCGUCAUAUUCGCGGCCAAGAUAUCACUCAAUGGGCAAAGAUGAACAAGGGCCGGGCCAGAUGGCUUCUUCGUCAGCUUCCCAACCUCAAGACAUUCCGCUUUCACGGCGCAUGCCAUGCCUAUCCUUUCUGGAGCGGUAGCGAGUGCGACGAGGGUAUCAUAAAGAAGGCUCUCGAGUACUGUGGGGGAGAUUUCGGCACAGUCAACGACACCCGGGACAUCAUUAGAAGCUUCCCUCUCAAUCCCAACACUUGCAAGAUUGAGUUCCAGAUGGUCAUCGUCUGGACAGCCAUCGUCCCGGAUGACCACGUUGGCUACGAGAUACACAUGAACCUAAACACCGGAAAGCACAAGAUCGUGCCCAAUCUAGAGGAUGAUGAUGAUGAGUUCGAGCUCGGUCACUGGGACGAGGGAGACGAGGUCUGGAAAGAGCUGCGUGCAAUCCAGCGAUCGGUGAACUGCAAGUCAUCAAGAAAGCGGAACUGGAUUAAGAGCCUCCAACACCACCACCACCAGCGCGCCGACCCCAACCCAACCCCAACCCGGACCCUCGACCGCACCUGCGGCACGACCUCGGACCCCUUCGCCGUGCAAGUCGCGCAGCCGGGCGGCCUCUCCGACCGCUGGUAUUUCAAGCUAAGCGGCGACGCCAUCCUUUUCACGCCUAUUAUCCUAUAG